AGCAUUUUUACAGCAGUCAGUGUCAGUGCAGUGUGUGGAGAUCGUUGUGAAAGAAAAUGGCGCAAAAUGCACGUUAGCGAAAUUUAGUGUGGAAGAUCAAUCCCAUCUAUACCAAAAUAUCUUAGUCGCGCGAUAGGCUCAAUGUUUGCCUUAUUAGAAACCACAAUAUUAUCUAAUAAUCUAAUGCAUAAAUGGAAUUAACGAAAAGUAGCAAUAAUAAAAAAGGAAAAUUCUUCCUUUUGUGGCAAGCCACAAUACCUACGGUCAAUGGCCCAAUUAACUUAUCAAAUCUUAAUAAUAUCAAUCGACCCAUUAGUUAAAUUCUAAUAUUUAAGCCGUUUAAAAUAUUCCCAACCUCAUUAUACCUGUAAAAUUUACUAUUCACCAUAGGAAAAAUACCAAUCCCAAAUUAUUAUCUUAGAAGCGAUCUUAUCAGAUGAUAGUCAAUCCAAAUUAGACGUUGCUUUUUGUCGAUAUGAGUGCUUAUCCAACACCUCCCUCGAGCAGUGGAGAUUCACCACAGCCAGUAUAUUUUGUAGCAUCUCCUGGAUCAAAUAACUUUUCAGGUCCUGAUCUUUUUCCACUUAAAGCAGAAAUAGUGUUAGAUAACAUGCAUCUAUAUGGAUCAAGUCAUGACAAAAAGCCAUUUUUAAAAUUUAUAGAGCAGCCCACAAACAAAUUUCGGUUUAGAUAUCGGUCCGAGAUGGCUGGUACACAUGGUAGUUUAUGUGGUAUGAAUUCAGACAAAUCCAGAAAGCAAACAUACCCGACAGUGGAAUUAGUAAAUUGUACAGAAAAAGCAGUCAUUCGUUGCUCAAUCUAUCAACAUAAUAUACAUGAAGAUUUUAAACCACAUCCGCACAGGCUUAUAAUGAAAAGAGGACGGGAAGAAUAUGAUGAUCCGCAUAAUUUAACAGUAGGCCCUGAGGAAGGUUAUGUGGCUACGUUCCAUAGCAUGGGUAUUAUCCAUACAGCACGGAAAAAUAUAAUUUCAGAAUUAUUUCGAAAGAAUUCUUUAUUGAAAAGGGAAUUAAUUGCCCGAAUGGAAGGUAAAUGCAGGGAAUUAACUAACAAGGAAAUAUUAGAGAUUAAAACUCUCGCAGAAACAGAAAGUAAAGCUAUUAACUUGAAUAGGGCUACAUUAAGGUUUGAUGCUUUUAUCGUUAAAAAUGAUAUUUGGAGUCCGAUUUGCGAACCUCUCUAUAGUCACGGGAUAAAUAAUCUGAAAUGUGCGUUGACGGGAGAUUUAAAAAUCGUGCGUAUGGACCAUUGCACAAGUCCCGCCAAGGGAGGAAAGGAGAUUUUCGUUCUCGUGGAACGUGUCACUAAAAAAAACAUAAAGAUUCGUUUCUUCGAGUUGGAUGAUGAGGAAAAUGAGGUGUGGGAAGCAUGGGGAAGAUUUACAGAACUAGACGUACACCAUCAGUAUGCCAUAGUGUUUAAAACUCCAGAAUAUGACAGAAACCGUAACAUAAAGAGUCCCGUGCGAGUUUACAUGGAGUUGGUUAGGCCUUCGGAUAAUGCGAAAAGCGAAUGGAAAGAGUUUACAUAUGUGCCCAAUUAUGAGUUUAAACCAGGCGCCAAAAGGCCACGAUCAAGCCUGUAUAGCUCCAGCAGCUAUAAUAGUUCAAGUCUAAGUAGUGGUGAAUUACCGGCCACCAUCCAAAACCUGGGCAACAUUGGAUCGGGCAAUACCUUUCAGGAAGUCAAUAGCUGGGGUAACUGCCCAGCGGGGGGGAUAUUGAAUGAGGAGCAGAUGAAUAUGGCAAUGAAGGACAUCGAUUCCGACGAGUUUAAUACCCUUUUUUCAAUGUUUGGUGGGGUUUAUGGAGAAGAGUUAAUUAGUAACGUCCGGGACAGCCCGUUGGAGAUAUCGGGGCGCCUAAACGAUUGUCACUUGGACAACAAAGGUUUGGAUUUAUCUUCCAGAGGCGCCAAAACCGUCUCCAAAAUGAGGACAUAUUCGCGGAAAAUUCACAAAGAGCCAACGGUAAUCAAAGCAGAAGUUAGUGCUGAAGAAGUGGCUCAGGCAACCAGGACCUACAAUGAACUGAGAAGCUUCAUUAAAACCAAAGAUGCUCAAGUCAGAGGCGGGGAUAUGCUUCAGCAUUAUUUGAGCGAAGCCGGAAAAACCAAUGCUCUUCACAUAUUCAUCGGACUAAAUAAAAAAGAGGAAGUGAAAUUCUUCAUCGGUUUAAUUUAUUACUUUAAAAAGUUCGAGCUUGUAAAUGUAUCCAACUCGGAAUCUUUGACGCCGCUCCAUAUAGCCGUGGGUUGCUGCAACGAUGAAUUGGUCACGUACCUGAUGCGUUGCGAAGCUGACCCAUGUCGAACGGACCGGUCGGGCAGGACAGCUCUUCAUUUAGCGAUCGAAUCGAUGUCCUCCCCGAAAACGCUGGAAACUUUGUUGUCUACAAAACAUUGUAGCAAACUGCUCGAAGAACCCAACUACGACGGUGACGCACCGAUAUUUACCGCCAUUGAGAAAAAAAAUUUGGUAGCACUGAAGGUGCUUUGCGUAAAAGGCGCGAACGUUAAUAGGAAACACGGCAAGAACGGUUUCACUCCUUUGAGAGUGGCGGUCGAAAACCAAUACAUAAGCGCAUUAGCGUAUCUCUUGGGGCUUCCACAAUUGAACAUUCACGAGCAGGAUGACUUCCAAAACGUUUCCCCGUUAAUGGCCGCCAAUGCCAAAGACUCAAAGGACAUCGUUGAGCUCUUUUCCAAGGUUAUGAUGGAGAAGGGACUUAUUAUCGACAUGAAACAGGAAGUGGAAGAGGAUUCUGAGGAAGAUAUGGACGAGGACGAAGUUGAGAUUAAGGUAGAACCGGAUAUUGUGUGUCCCGACGAUCUCGCAGAUUUAUACAAAAAUGUAACUAAUUUGACGCCGCAAUGUUUGGAUGCGGUCGCAUUAUUACUGGACCAGAGUCGGAAAUACGAACAUUUAGCAGAUCUCUUGGACCUCGCCCAUCUGAUACAGAGCGGAGUGACGCCCGCCGACCAAAGCAAAAGCAAAAACCUUUUGGUCUACGCCAUAGAAUGUGAUAACGCGAACAUUUUGGAUAUAAGGAACUUUUUGGAAAAUUUGGAUGAACACACAGCAGUACAGAUCAUGGACCAAAUGGCCCUUGAUCAGAAAAAAUAAGAUAUUUUUAUAAUAAAAAUUAAUGAUAAGUUGAGUAGGUUGAUAGUUUUUACUUUGUAUAUGUACAAACUGAGGUGUAUUGAGUGAAUAGAACGAGUAAUUUACAAUUAUUAAUUACCUUUUUAUUUUGUUAAUUAUUAUAUAGUGUGUCUCAGAGCUUACGCAAUUCUAGAUGUUGGAAUAUUCCGUUGCGUUUUACAACUUUUACAAAAUAAGACAUUUUUAGUUGUAACCAUUUUGUAGUUCCCUACCUGUGAUGUAAAAAUUCAUUUGAAUAAUUUUUGUUGUAUUUGUAUGUUUAAUUUUAGCAUUAUAUUAUAUAUUUUGGC